GGCUUUGGCCGGGGUGUUCGCACGUAGGCAAAACCCCCUCUCCACCAGUGCUUGCUGGGACUGCCGAAGGCGGGCGCGAGGCUCAGGCCUGGCUGGCAGUGCCUGAAUGUCUUGGACGUUCGAAGCUGUCAAUUUGAUGCCUAGGGAGCCCUGGGCCAAUUGGUCACUGCUCUGCCUCCGCUGGACAGCAGCGCUCUGCCUCCAAGGUGGUGCACGAACGCGGCGCACACUGAUCAGACACACCUCGCCAGCGAUGCGUACGACCUCAGCAGCGAUGCGAGCGACAGCUCUCUUGGCUUGCGCUGCCGCCUACGCGCCGCGGUGGCACAGACUGGGAGUGCCACCAAAGCCUCUCUCACGGAGCGUGCGCGGCCUCGCGGGACGAUACGCAUCGAGCAGGAGAUCUGCGGCAGCCGAACCGCGCGACGCCGUAGAGCAGCCGGCGCCACAGCCCUCGCGCCUCGCGGCAGCUCUCAAGCCGGCGCGCGGACCCCUCGACAAGGACAUCGCCGCCGUCGCGCUGCCGGCGAUGCUCUCUUUAGCGGUCUUCCCCGUGGUCGGGAUGGUCGACACGUUCUUCGUCGGGCGCAUGGGCUCGGCGUUGUCGCUGGCCGGCCAGGGCGCGGCGAACGCGGCUUUCAACUUCUGCUUCUUCGUGCUGGCCGUCGUGCCGACGCUGACGGCGCCGCGCGUCGCGCGCGCGGCGGCGCGGGGCGACGACGAGGGCGUGCGGACGACGGCGCGCGAGUCGCUCUGGAUCGCCGGCGCCGUGGGCUUGUGCGGGACGGUCGCGCUGGUGGGCUGGCCGCGCUACUUUUUGAAACUCGUGCUGCCGGCCAACGCGCCGGCGCUGGCGCCGGCCGCGCGGUACCUGCGAUACCGGGCCCUCGGCUACCUGCCCGCACUCCUCUCCUCGACGUGCUUCGCGGCGUUCCGCGGGCUGCUCGACACCGCCACGCCGUUGCGCAUUUCUCUAUUUUACAACGCCCUGAACGCGGUGCUAGAUCCGAUCUUGAUUUUUGGAUGCGGGCUGGGCGUCGCGGGCGCGGCGCUCGCGACCGCUCUCGCGGAGUCGGUGGGCUGCCUCAUGUACCUCUCGCAGCUGUCGAAGCGCAUCGGUGGGCGGAAACUGCUUCCCACGUUCUGGAGGAGGCCGCCGGCGCGUGCCACAGUGAAGGCAUUGGCGGCUGGAGCCGCCGCUAUGCAGGUGAGACAAAUAGCGUUGAACGCCGCCUUUGGUGCCGCAACUAGGUCGGCCCAAGCGAUGGAUGCCACGGGCGUCAAGGCCGCCGCCUACUCCAUUUCGCAGCAGUUGUGGCUGUUGGCGGCUGUGUGGAAAUCAACAAGUGAGUUAGGUUGCCGUAGAACCUCCACGCCAUCGAGCAGACGCAGUUACGGACACAACGUCGCAUCGAUCCACACAGGUUGGCGGGCGUCGCACUGUUUGCCCUCCAGUCAUCGGCGGCGGCCCUCGUGCCGGCGGCACUGGGCAAGGGGGACAAAAACGACGACGAUACCGACGCGACGGACGCGGCACGGCGCGUCGCCGAUCGUUGCAUGGGAUGGGGACUCUUCGCGGGCACGGCGCUCGGCCUCCUGCAGAUCGCGUGCUUGCCCCUUGUCCGGUGCUUCUCGCCGCUGCCGGAGGUCCGUGCGGCCGCGCGGACGCCGGCGUUCCUAUCAGCGUUGGCGCAACCUGUCAACGGCGUCGCUUUCGUCGCGGAGGGCGUCCUACUUGGAUUGGGCGCCUUUCGUUUCUUGGCGGCGCAAACGGCGGUCGGCGCCGUCGCGAUGAUGGUCUUCCUGAGUCGAGCGAAGACGCUGAGCCAGGUUAUCUACGCCAUUUAUUGGUUCAACGGGAUCCAGGCCGUGCUGGCAUUGCUUCACCAUAUACGCUUGUCACCGCUCGCGAGGCGUACGCCGGCAUCGCCAUCCGAUUGCGCGGUCGUCUCAGUCGACGGCGGGCGGCCGGACUUGGUGUGCGUCGUCGACGACGAGGAGUGAGUUCCGUCAUCGAAUCGUUAUGUGUAAAAAUGAAUUGUCGUUAGGCGUGGGGCCAACUAGUCAGUGGGGGCGGGCGAGGUC